AUGGACCAAGUAUCGCAAGCGGCUCCGCCGUUUUAUCCGUUGACGGAUAGUAACCAUGCUGCACUUGUUGUCAUCACUGCUGUAAUAUUCUUUAUUUAUGCGAUUCUUGGUAUUUUCGGUAAGCUGAUCAUUCGGUUGAAUAUCACUUCAAUGAAAGAUUUCGACGUCGGUUUGUUGAUUGCUGCGUUGUUGUAUUUUAUACAAACGGCUUGUGUUGUUGCUGCUUGCAGUCAUGGGCUCGGUGAGCAUCGUUACACUCUUUCUGGUGAGGACUUUGGUCGUUUCAGCAAGUUGAUGUAUGCUUCGCGAAUAUUCGGAAUUCUUGUUCAUGCGACGACGAAAGUUUCUCUUGGACUUCUUAUUCGACAGAUCGAUCGACAAGGUGGACUCAAUACUGCGAAUAUGAUCCUUGGUGGAGUUGUUAUUGCAUGGGCUGUCUCUGGAGUAUUUGCGACCGCAUUCCAAUGUCCUAUGCCAGAGCCAUGGCUCGCUGAGAACAAAGCACAAUGUCCGAGCCAAGGACCGAUCUUUCUCUAUAACGGCAUCAUGAUCAUCCUCACUGAUAUUGCUCUUUGCAUUCUCCCGGUCGCAAUGAUGUGGGAAGUCCAAACCUCGAUACGAAGAAAGCUCAUCGUCAUGGCGCUUUUCGGCACGCGACUCAUCGUCCCGAUCAUAACGAUACCCGAGCUCGGACACGCCCGAUACAUGUUUGGCGAUUCAGAAGAUGUCACAUGGGAAGCUGUCUCAACAAUGAUCUGGGGUCAAAUCGCACUCGGCCUCUCAAUAAUCACAGUCUGCAUCCCCAGUCUCAAAGGCGUCAUCGACAGCCUUCUCGGCUCUACCGCCGUCGCCGCCAUAAACACUCCCUACGAACUCAAAGACAGCGGUAACGGAACCGGUCUCGAAAUGACAGCUCUCUCCGACUCACGAACAAAACAAACCUCCAAACAAGGAAGUGGUUUAGGCAGUGCUCUACGAAGACAUUCAAGACCAAGACAUAACGAUCAACCAAUAUGGCGAAGGGACGUCACGGCGGAGGUACGAACGGAAAUAGCGAGUGGGAGCGAUAGCGUGAGGAAUUUGACGGAGGGUGUUAUGGUGAAUAGGGAUUUUGAAGUAUCUUACGAUGAUAGACAUACUUCGAGGGCGGAUUCUAUGGGAUCUAGUGAAGGUGCAUAUCGGAUGUAG